AUUUUGGUCUGUCGUCCCGCCGCAAUUUCGGUUGCGACAGAGCUGAAAUAUGUGAUGUAACGAAUCAACCACUACUUUUAAUGAAAGGAGCUGAAAUAUGUGGAGCUGAAAUAUGUGAUGCAUAUAAAUUUGAUUUCCGGAUCAUCUUCGAGUUGCCGGGAUGCAGUGCCGGAUCUUGUAGGCACCUGCGCAAAUCUUUU